AUGGCGAAGAUCACGAGUUUUAUGCGAGUUACCAAGCAGCCCAAGGCGCAUGGGAAGAAGGUGGACGCCGAGGACGAGACGGGGGUGCACAUUCCCACCUUCAUCUACGAGACGGUCAAGUACAAACACAAACACCAGAAGCACGAGGUGUCCCCGGAGCUCAACGACGUUAUCCUGUACAUCAAGCAAUACUACGACGUUCCGAAGGAUUUCGAGCGGAAUGCCAAGUUUGGGGCGUAUAGCGGGUUGACGUACGGGAAGCGCCUUGCGCGGGCGUACUCCAUGGGGCAGUUGUCCCUGAAGAAAGCGGUGAAAGGUGAAGCGGCUCCGCAGCCGAUCUGCUUGACGUGCGCAACCGUUGGGCACACUUACAAGUGCUGCCCCGAUGGGUUUUGA